AUGUCGCCCGCGUGCGCCGAAAACGAGAACGAGGACGGCUGGAUGAUGGUCGAGGCGCCGGCCGUGCCGCCCCUGUCCGCGCCGGAGGAGAAGUGGGUCGUCACCGCCGCCGGCACCCACUGCCGCGACCGCUACGUCACGUGCCUCGAGGGCAAGGAGAACGGCGACGGCGACGCGAACAACGGCGCGGAGCCGAACCACGUCGACGACGACUGCAAGAGCGCGCUCUGCGGCUCCGAGGCGAGCCACGGCACCAAGUCGACGACGUCCGCGGGCGAGAUCAAGGCGCGGGCCGCGAAGAAGCCCGUCGUCAACAAGAAGAAGAAGGAGAAGAACGCGCAGAAGAACAACAAGAAGAAGAAGCGGCUCGCUCCGUUCUGCGGCAGGACGCUGUACCCCUGA